UCUUUGGACCAACACGGAGCGUCUCUUUCCUCGCUUUAUCGCGAGUCUGCGAAAUACGCAGAAACCCACAAGACGGCCGGCAGUCUGUUGGUCGCUCGUGACAUGGACGGUCACGUUUUUGGAGUCUACCUCAACGAGCCUAUUGCAAAGCGAGAGGGGACAUACUACGGUUCAGGUGAAGCGUUCAUGUUCAAAUUCGUCGAAGGAGAAAGCAAGCCGCGCAUUUUCCAGUGGACAGGGCGAAACCAAUACAUCGCACUUUGUGAAACCAAUUUUAUCUCGUUCGGCGGCGGUGGCGCAUCGUAUGGCUUGUUGCUCGACGGCACAUUCUCGCGCAACUCCUCUGCAACCUCGCCUGCGUUUCAGAAUGAGGUGCUGUGCUCUAGCUCCGCGCUUUUCAGCGAGAAAGGACAUUCAUUCGAUUGUCUAGGGCUCGAGGUCUGGGCAACUGCCUAA